CACUUACACUCGAAGGCUGCCACAUUUGGGCAUCACCAUGCCUUUGUAUCUUCCCAGUGCUUUCCAUAUUCUCUGAGGACUGAUUAACAUGGCACCAAUAACUCCAUUCAACACUUCAGAGAUUUCUGAAAAAGCCCGUAGAGACCUGCUUCUUCUCCUUGAAGGUGUGCGAGGGAAGAAAAAUCUUGUUCUAGAAAAGGCGCUUGCGGGACCACUGAACCUGUUGGUGAAGUUUUCAACAUUGCAGGAAUAUGGCGUCGACAGGCCGUUCUUCUUGGAGAAUGAUAAUGUCGACUCAUCACAGCGGAAUAUCGUGUUCCUAGUCAGGGGUGAGAAGGCGAAGACUGUACUAGCCGUUGCAGAUCAAAUCAAACGAUUACGGCGCAACGGAUCAAUCGAGCAUGAAUUCUCCAUAUUAUGGGUACCCCGACGUACCAUGGUCUCCGACCAGCUCCUUGAAGAGGCUGGAGUGCUUGGCGAGGCUAGUGUGAGCGAGUGGCCCUUGUUCUUCGUUCCGCUUGCGGACGAUGUGUUGUCGCUCGAGCUAGAUGACUCCGUCACAGAUUUAUAUCUUCGAAAGGACCCAACAUCGAUUUAUCUUUCAGCAAAAGCCCUUAUGCUCCAUCAACAAAGACAUGGCCUCUUCCCUCGUAUCAUAGGCAAAGGUGAAAAUGCUAAACGCCUCGCCGAUCUCCUGAUUCGAAUGCGCACCGAAGUCACUGCUGGUGAGAGUAGUAAUAUCAACGGGGCAUCCUUCCUUGGACUUACUCCCAGCUCUACCAUUGACAGCUUAAUAAUUCUUGAUCGGGAGGUCGACUUUCCAACCGUGCUCCUCACCCAACUCACCUACGAAGGCCUCAUUGACGAAGUGUUCAGCAUAUCAGCAAACCAGACCGAAGUAGACUCCUCGGUGGUUGGUGGUGCUGCACCCCAACCUGGGCAAACAGGCUCCGCGUCAACAACUAUGAAGCGCAAAGUCAUGAUAGAUCCUAAAGACUCCCUCUACGGCACACUCGGUGAUGCUAACUUCGCUAUCGUUGGAAAUCUUCUCAACAAAGCAGCUCGACGCCUACAAAGCAGCACCGAGCGGAACCAAUUGGCCUCUAAAACAACCGCAGAACUACGAGACUUUGUCAACAAACUCCCAGGAUACCAAGCGGAGCAAGCCAGUCUCAAACUUCACACCUCUCUAGCAGAAGAGAUUAUCAAACACACCCGUACAGACAUCUUCACGCGCUCCCUCGAAGUCCAGCAAAACAUAAUGUCCGGCGCGGACCCCACAACCCAACACGAAUCUAUCACUGAGCUAAUCUCGCGUGAUAUACCACUACCCACUAUCCUUCGUCUCCUGUGUCUGGAAUGCACAACAAAUGCCGGAAUGCGACCAAAAGAUCUUGAAGCCUUCAAACGCGCCAUUAUUCAAGCCUACGGUCCGCAACACCUCCUCACGCUGUCAUCUCUAGAGAAAAUGGCUCUUCUCCACCCACGAGGAGGCUCUGGUCUCGGCGCCACACCAGCCGCAAAACCAGGGUCGGUAACAAAUUAUACACCCUUACGCCGGAGUCUGAGGCUCUGGGAUGAUGAAGUAAACGAAUCAGAGCCUAACGAUAUAUCCUAUGUCUUCUCAGGAUAUGCACCGCUCUCGAUCCGAAUCGUCCAAUCCAUAAUCCAAAAGCAAACCCUCGCCAAUCUGAUCAAACCAUCAUCACACCCCCAAGCUGCGGCCCAAGCAAACCCAUUGGCCCAGGGUUUAAGGAUCUUUGACGAUGCGACGAAGUAUAUAAGAGGCGCGACAUUCGAUGAAACGCAGACGGGCGAGGAGAAAGCUGUUAAGGCAAGGAGUAUGUUAAAUGGUAGUCACAAUGAUGCGGCGAAGACUGUGAUAGUCUUCUUUUUGGGUGGUGUAACAAGGGCGGAGAUUUCGGCUCUAAGAUUCAUUGGUCGGAAGUUGAAGGAAGUUGGAGGAGAAGGCAGAGGAAGUAAGAUUAUGAUUUGCUCGACUGGAGUCGUAAAGGGUGGAAGCCUUGUAGGGAGUGCAAUUGAGGCCGAAAGAUUUGGUUGAUUGAAAGGGGCCGGUGUAUGCUGAAGGGAGUCCAAUCCCAAGUGUUGUUCACUACCAGCUUGAGAUCGCACCUGGGCAGUCUAUUGGGCAUUGCUUAACU